GUAUCUGCCCUGUACACUACCUCUGGUUCAUGUGACCUGACUGUCCAGUACUGAGAAAUGUAUGUUCUGUGUGUCCUGCUGUCCAAGUGUCUACCUCUGUCCCUCCGUGGUGUCUUUGGACCUGUCAGAGAACCCAGCAGUGACCUCAGUGGGACUCCACAGCCUCCUCUCCACCCAGCGACCUUUGACCUAUCUCAACCUCCAAGGUUGUCAGGCAGCCGGACCCUGGGACAGCUCUAGUUUGGACGGCCUGUCAGAACAGGUCCAGGACCUGUGGCUGUGCUCACAGAAGCUCAACAAACUGGACCGUGAGGAGCUGCAGCAGACCUGGGGCCAGAGGAGGCUCACUAAUGCCCCCUCACUGUAAGGAGGACUUGAGUUCUCACACCCUUAAAGACUGAAGACGCUUGGAUACCAAUGCGUACACUUCAGAUUAUUUACAUUCCUUAGUCCUCAAAUUUGAGGCAUUUUUUGGUGACACAGGCUGCAGAGGGAUCUCGGCACCAAUAUUUUGUAUGCAUUAUGUAGAUAUAAUUAUUACAGUGUGUGUGUCUGUA